AUGAAACAAGAAAGUGAGAUAGUGAGUUCCAAGCCCACUACAAAAUCAAAUAAUAUCCAUUGGUGCGUGAAAUGGGUUCAAUCGAUACUUACUGCAUUGAUUUUUUUCACUAUAUUUGGUGCUGCUAUUUCUUCGAGAUUAUUUUCAGUUAUUCGUUUUGAAUCAAUCAUUCAUGAAUUUGACCCAUGGUUUAAUUUCCGUGCUACUAAAUAUUUAGUCUCCCACUCUUUUUAUGAAUUUCUAAACUGGUUUGAUGAUAGAACCUGGUAUCCAUUGGGAAGAGUUACUGGUGGUACUUUAUAUCCAGGUUUAAUGACUACUUCUGCUGCUGUGUGGCAUUUAUUAAGAAAAAUUGGUUUACCAAUAGAUAUUAGAAAUAUAUGUGUUCUUUUUGCUCCAGCAUUUUCAGGCAUUACUGCUUGGGCUACCUACGAAUUUACCAAAGAAAUCAAGGAUUCUAGCGCCGGUUUGUUAGCUGCUGCAUUUAUGGCUAUUGUUCCUGGUUAUAUUUCGAGAUCUGUUGCUGGUUCAUAUGAUAACGAAGCUAUCGCCAUCACCUUGUUAAUGGUCACAUUUAUGUUUUGGAUUAAGGCCCAAAAAACUGGUUCUAUUUUAAGCGCUACAGCUGCUGCUGUAUUUUAUUUCUACAUGGUUUCUGCUUGGGGUGGUUACGUCUUUAUUACAAACUUAAUUCCAUUACAUAUCUUCAUUUUAAUACUAAUGGGCCGCUAUAAUAAUCGUUUGUAUUCAGCUUAUACAACAUGGUAUGCAAUUGGUACUCUUGCAUCGAUGCAAAUCCCAUUUGUUGGUUUCUUACCAAUCAGAUCUAAUGAUCACAUGGCUGCUUUGGGUGUUUUUGGUUUGAUUCAAAUUGUAGCAGUCGGUAAUUUUGUAAAAUCUCAAGUAUCUGGGAAGAAGUUCAAGGUAGUAAUGUUAGUUUCACUAUUGAUUAUUUUUGUCGUUGGUAUUGCAGGUUUAUGUGCUUUAACAUAUGCCGGUUUUAUAGCUCCUUGGACUGGCAGAUUCUAUUCCUUGUGGGACACCAGUUAUGCUAAAAUCCACAUUCCAAUUAUUGCUUCUGUUUCUGAACAUCAGCCUGUUGCAUGGCCCUCAUUUUUCUUUGACACUCACUUUUUAAUCUGGCUAUUCCCAGCAGGUGUUUUCUUAUUGUUCAUGGAUUUAGCUGACGAACAUGUUUUUGUUAUUGCCUAUUCUGUUUUGUGUUCUUACUUUGCUGGUGUCAUGAUUAGGUUGAUGUUAACUUUAACACCUGUUAUAUGUGUUGCAGCUGCAGUAGCUCUAUCUAAACUAUUUGAUGUUUACUUAAAUUUUUCAAUCAAAAGUAAUUCCAACAAAAACAAUAAAAUUUCUUAUGUUUCCUUAUGUUCUAAGGUUUUUGUUUCUGCAACAUUUUUAUUCUACCUCUACUUAUUCGUUUAUCACUGUACUUGGGUUACAUCUAACGCAUAUUCUUCUCCAAGUGUAGUCCUGCCUUCUCAAACUCCAAAUGGUGAAAUGGCCUUGAUCGAUGAUUACAGAGAAGCUUAUUAUUGGUUACGUAUGAAUACUGCUGAAGAUGCCAAAGUUGCUGCUUGGUGGGAUUAUGGUUAUCAAAUUGGUGGUAUGGCUGACCGUACCACUUUAGUGGAUAACAACACAUGGAAUAAUACUCAUAUUGCUAUCGUUGGUAAAGCAAUGGCAUCAAGAGAAGAUAAAUCCUAUGAAAUAUUGAAAGAUCAUGAUGUUGAUUAUGUCUUGGUUAUAUUUGGUGGUGUAUUAGGAUUUAGUGGUGAUGAUCUAAAUAAAUUCCUUUGGAUGAUUCGAAUUGCGGAAGGUAUAUGGCCUGAAGAGGUUAAAGAAAGAGAUUUCUUUACACCUCAAGGGGAGUAUAGAGUUGAUGCCGGUGCUACUAAAACUAUGAGAGAAUCUUUAUUAUAUAAAAUGUCAUACCAAAGAUUCCCAGAAAUAUAUGGUUCUGGAUCUAUGAUGGAUAAUGUUCGUAGACAAACAAUUUCAUUGGCUGAUGUUGAGCCAUUAGAUUAUUUUGAAGAAGUAUUUACAAGUGAAAAUUGGAUGAUUCGUAUUUAUCAAUUAAAGAAGGAGGAUCAGUUAGGUAGAUCACAUAAAGAAAUUGGAGAAUUUGAAAGAUCAACUCACAAAUCGUUGGUUAGAAGAGCUGCUAAGAAGCCAGAUGUUAGCUUACGUGCUUUAUAA